AUGCUCUACCUCGAGUCACCCGCCGGCAGUGGCAACAGCGCGGGCUUCUCAACGUGUGUCAAGGCGGGCAAGCCUGUGGGGUGCAAGUGGGAUGACGUCUCGCAGGCCGAGGCGUAUGCGCACAGCCUGGUCGAGUUCUCGCGCGCCUUCCCCGAGUUCGCCACCAACCCGCUCUACCUGACUGGAGAGUCGUACUUUGGCCACUACAUUCUCUCGCACGCGCCCUUCAACUCGACGCUCCCCCUCAAGGGCAUCGCGGCGGGCAACGCGUGCUGGGGCGGCGACGAGACGAGCGUGGCCUGCAACGGGCCCAACGAGGAGCGGAACGACGUCGAGAUGUACUUUGGAAAGGGCCUCGUCUCGAAGAAGCUGUACGAGCAGGUGCAGGCCGCCUGCGACGGGCAGUUCGACGAGCCGGGCGCCGCGUGCGACGUCCUCCUCGAGCGGGUCUCCGCCGAGGUCGGGCCGCACAAUGUCUACAACAUCUAUGACAACUGCGACGAGAUGGAGGAGCGGCUCGCCGCGCACAACAAGUCGAUGCGCUGGGCGCGCCAGCGGCUGCGCGCCGACCUCGCGCCGCGCUCGAGCUCGGCGGAGGGAGGCUUCACGUGGCGGUGCGGGGGGAUGGCUGCGACGGAGGAGUGGAUCACUCGCCCGGACGUGCGAAAGGCGCUCCACCUCGACGCUCCGCACAAGUCGAGCUUCCACUACUCCCUCUCCGGCCCCGCCUCGAUCACGCUGUGGCCCUCCCUCUCCGCCAAGCUGCGCGUGCUCAUCUACAACGGCGACGCGGACGCGUGCGUGCCGUACAAGGGCAACGAGGAGUGGAUCGGCAUGCUCGAGAAGCGAGGCGUCCUCACCGAGGCGAAGGCGUGGCGCCCCUGGUACCUGCCCGGCAAGCGCCGCGCGCCCGCCGGCUACGUGACGGCGUACACCCCCUCCGAGGGCAAGCACGACUUCUCCUUCCUCACCAUCCGGCUGGCAGGCCACAUGGUGCCUACCUACCAGCCGGCGGCGUCGCUCGCCUUCAUCUCCUCCUUCCUCGACGCGAAGCCCUUCUGA